GCUGGAGCAGAACGGCCGAGCCCAGAGAGCCCGUAGCCCCGCCCCCGCAGAGAACGAGAGGGAGACGACCGGAGCCGCCUAGCGCGCGCGCGCCUCUAGGUCUCAGUGCCGUUAGCACCGCGCGCCUGCUGCCCCGCCUGCUCACGAGCACAAUCAGAGUCACGUGUCCCCGCCCUGCUGGUGGGGGGUGGCUGAGUCUCUCUGGGGCCGGCAGGGGGCGCUGUAGUAGGCGACUCGGCGGCUGCGCCGGGCUCCGGGCGGCAGGUGCUGAUCGCGGGCGGUAGCAGCGCUGAGCGAUGGCCGGGGAGGACGGAGCCGCUGCCCCUGAGGCUGCGCAGCCCCCCGCGGACCCGAGCCCUGGCAGUGAUGGCGGCGGCUACGACGGCAAGUGCGUCUUCUGCAGGAUCGGCCGUCGGGAGGAGCCGGGCACCGCGCUGCUGCCCUGCGAGUCUGAAGGCCUAGUCUGUUUUAGAGAUAUCAGACCUGGGGCCCCACACCAUUAUCUAGUAGUGCCAAUAGAGCAUAUGGGAAACUGCAAGACUCUAAAGAAAGAGCACAUACCACUAGUGGAGAAAAUGAUGGAAGCUGGAAAGAACAUCCUUCAGCAAAAUAAUUUUACUGACCUGAACGAUAUAAGGAUGGGAUUCCACUGGCCUCCAUUCUGCUCAAUAUCUCACUUACAUCUUCAUGUCCUGGCCCCAGCCAGUCAGUUGGGAUUCUUGUCCAGGAUGAUAUACAGAAUCAAUUCCUAUUGGUUUAUCACGGCUGAACAGCUGAUUGAAAGACUGCAGACUGAAAAUGCUGCCAGUUGAAAGCACCUUGCCUAGUUCUGGAUCACAAAUCAAUUUAGAUUUUAUUCUUUGAACUCUGAUUAAGAUUAUACAGUUUGGUGCAACUAUUUGUUAGGUUUUUUGGUUUUUUUUAAGAAAAGGAAAAGCUUGAAUUGAAUGCCUGUUCCUUCAGGGCAAGAAACUUUUCAUUGUCUACCUAAUUCUUAAUGUAUGUAUACUCAAGUUUUCUGAUAAUAGAUGCAAAAUAUUUGACUGGAAAAUAGAGUAAUAUAUAAAACAGUAGUUCUAGUAAAACAGAGUAUAAACAGUAAUGGUUUGAAUGUAUUAAAACUGGGAAAGUUUUCAACAGUAACUAGUAAUAGCAUGUACACUGUACCAAGUUGAAUGCUUAAAAGUGGAAUCUAGCUUUUUUAUUUAAAAAAAAAAAUUGGGGAAUGCAGUAGUGUUUAAAACGGACAGGUUUCCUUUAGUACUUGCAUGAGUCAUGUGGUACUUGCUGGUGAUGUCUAGUUCUUAGUAGGUACAGUGCUAAGGAUAGGCACUACUGUUUUUUGGUGCUAAACCAUCACUGUAUCUUGCAUGGUAAUGGUCUGGAGCAAGUGCUAAACAUAACGUAUUGAGCCCAGAAUAUGAUGAUGCUUUAGAACAUAGAAUUUAGUUUAAAUGUGUGUAGGAAUGUUUAUAUGAUGGACUUGGAUUAAGAUUGUUACUCGUCUUGAAUAUUAAUUCUCUAAAUAAUUUAACUGUACAUUUUAAAAAGUCUUGUCAAGAGUUUGGAUGGAUUGAAUUAACACACUUGCCUCUGGGAAUCAAGUUUAAACUAGAACCUAGAUUAAGGACUUGUCUACACAGUGCAUUAGUCAGCACUAGAAGAGCGGGGUGUAAAUUAUAGUGUACAUUACUCUGUUGCAUACUAACUAGCCUGUGUGGCUCCUGCUGGAAUGCACUAAAAGAUCCCUAGUGUGUGUGAAUGUAGUCCUGUUUCAAACAGUAUUACAUUCACACACACUAGGGAUCUUUUAAAGCAGUGGUCCCCAACGCGGUGCCCGCGGGCACCAUGGCUCCCGCUGGGGCAUCUAUCUGCGCUUGCCUACUGGCCCACGGACAAGCAUCCGCCGAAAAGCAGCAACGUCAAGAGGAGUUGCUGCCGAAAUGCCGCUGAAAAGCAGCGUCAUCAAGAGGCAUUGACGCUGAUUUUCGGCGGUAUUUCAGUGGUGACGCCUCUUGACGUUGCCGCUUCUCAGUGGCAUUUUGGCAGAUGCUUGUCUGCCGGCCAUGGUCCUCGAUGUCUCGUCGUCCGGCACCCGCCAGAUGAUAAAGGUUGGGGACCACUGUUUUAGUGCAUGCCAGUGAGGUUCACAUGGGCCAGUUAGUUUGCGAUAUGGUAGUGUGCAUUAGAAUUUUACUUCCUUCUCUGCAGACAAACACACUGGGUAAACAAGUCCUAACAUAUGGUUCUACUGAAUGUCACUUGGAUUUACUUAUGCCAUGGCUAAAUUUGAAUCCUAACUAUUAUAGGUCACAAGAUAAAUUGUUCACUGACGGUGGGUCUUGUUGUUCUUGAGCUCACCACACAUAACUACGAUAUAAUCUGAUAGAUUUUGGCAUAUCUGGGACUCAGGCAAAGCCCAAAUCUGAAAUAUUCAUGUGAUGCGGUGUCAAAGAGUUGCAUGAGGAGGUGUUCAGAGGGCCUGUCUGC